CGUUGCGUGCGGGCGGCGGCGGCGGCGCAGCGUCCCCUGCCCGAAUGAAAGGGAAGCGUCCCAGCCGCUAGACGCAGCGAGGGGGUUCUGAAGUGCCCGCGGCGAGGGGCCCCGAGGUCCUCGUUCCCCGCGCCCGCCACCUGGCAUUUGUGAGGACUGAAGUGUCAUUCUAAAGCCAUUUUAAAAAUCAUGACAAGCUCAAUUGGACAGAAAAAAGGGUCUUCAAGGCAACGGAAGUGUGGUUUUUGUAGGUCUAAUAAAGAUAAUGAAUGUGGACAAUUAUUGAUGUCUGAAAACCAGAAGGUGGCAGCACAUCACAAAUGUAUGCUAUUUUCGUCUGCAUUGGUAUCUUCACACUCUGAUAAUGAGAGUCUUGGUGGAUUUUCUAUUGAAGAUGUUCAAAAGGAAAUAAAAAGAGGCACUAAACUGAUGUGCUCUUUAUGCCAUUGUCCAGGAGCAACCAUUGGUUGUGAUGUGAAAACGUGUCACAAGACAUAUCACUACUACUGUGCAUUGCAUGAUAAAGCUCAAAUAAGAGAGAAACCCUCACAAGGCAUUUACAUGAUUUUAUGCCGAAAACACAAGAAAACUACACGUAACUCUGAAGCGGAUUUAGAAGAAGGUGUCAAUGAACACGAAUUGGAGCCUUCACCUCCCAAAGGAAAAAAGAGGGGUCGGAAGGGAAAGCCAAGAAAAACAAAUCUCAAAGGGCAGUCAGAAGACACUAGAUCUACAUCCUCACAUGGCACAGAUGAAAUAGAAAGCAGUUCCUAUAGAGACAGGUCUCCCCACAGAAGCAGUCCCAGUGAUACAAAACCUAAAUGUGGAUUCUGUCAUGCAGGUGAAGAAGAAAAUGAAGCUAGAGGAAAGCUUCAUAUAUUUAAUGCCAAAAAGGCAGCAGCACAUUAUAAGUGCAUGUUAUUCUCUUCUGGCACUGUCCAGCUAACAACAACAUCAAGGGCAGAGUUUGGUGAUUUUGAUAUUAAAACUGUACUUCAGGAGAUCAAGAGAGGAAAAAGAAUGAAAUGCACUCUUUGCAGUCAGCCUGGGGCUACUAUUGGAUGUGAAAUUAAAGCCUGUAUCAAGACUUACCAUUACCACUGUGGCGUACAAGACAAAGCUAAAUAUAUUGAGAAUAUGUCUCGAGGAAUUUACAAACUCUAUUGUAAAAACCAUAGUGGAAACGAUGAAAGGGAUGAAGAGGAUGAAGAAAGAGAAAGCAAAAGUCGUGGGAAAUCAGGCUCUGACCAUAGUAGCAUUCCUCAGCAACAACUCAAUGGAAACUAGGUUCAAGAGACAGAGUUAGAGAACUGGGAAUGAAUAAGACAUCCAUAACUACUAAUACUUUUUAAUUGUUUUCUAAGAUCAGAAAAGGGUUAGUAACUUUUUACGACCCAAUUCUGUUAGAAAUUUCAUUGAACUGCCUGAAACGUUCAUGUGUGUGAGCCUUCAAUAAGUGGCAGAGUUUUACAUGUCAAUAUUAUGUAGUUUGUAGUCUGCAGUGUCUGGAAACAAAUGAAACACUAUAUAAAUGAUAUGUAAUAUGUACAGUGUCAAAAGUUAAGGCAGACAUUGAAAUGAAGUAAGCUCUAUAUUUCUGGACUGAAUAAAAAUCUAAGAUUUGGAAUGUGUAAGUUGUUUAGUGGAUUCAUGUACCAAGGGAAAGUCUUAGUAAGAUUAAUUCACAACAUGGACAGACAAAGUCCAUGGUGGCAACAAUCUGGUAACUCAUGAAUUUUGCAUUUUCUUUAUAUACAAAAUAUGGAAGAUAAAUGUGUGUGCGUGGGGGGGAAAUCGCUCUCUGUUUUUGCUUGCAAAGCACACAGUAGAAAAAGAACUCAGUGCACGCAGAAGCAUGCUUGAACCUUUCAGUUUGUUCCUGUUGUGAUUGUUCCUACUGCCCAGCAUUCCUUGCUGGAGAUUUACUUGAGCAGCUGUUGGUUACAAGCUGCAAGCUUCAGUACUCAUGCCAAAGGGCUGUAAGUUUUGUUCUUUCCCCAACAGUCCACCUCCUCUAUAUUCCUAACGUACCAAGAACCUCUCAUUAAGUGUGACUCAAACUAACUUUUGGAAGCUGCAACCCAACUUCUUAAAUUUCGAAGAGUUACUACUUUAACUUCUAUGGAAUUUAGCCACCUUAUCUGACAUCCAUACCUCAAGCACUGUGUGUUGCGUGGAACACUUCAUGUUUUGUCCAAAAUACAUAUACAGGUUUCACAUGCUGUAAGGAGGAGGAAUCAAUUUUUUUUUUAAGAUCAGUAUUUAUUUUGACUCUUAUGACCACUAUAUAAGGUUUUCUUACCAUUCUUAAUGCUUUUAGCAUUUGAUUGAUUUUUUUCUUGUCAAAUCAUCAGUCAUGUCAUGGCAUUUCAUAUACCUAGAGGUCAAUGUUCCAUUAGAAUAAUCAGGUUUAGAUUAUACCAAAUCUAACAGCUCAGUUCCCUAACUUUUUUCAUAUAGCUCUGGCAUGUCUAAUUGCUAAUAAAUAGCGUCUUCCGCUGGUCCUAUUGAAGCACAUUAGCAGAUUCAUUUAAAAAUAAAACCAAAAACUUAAUAAGUAAGUCUGUCUAAUGCAUCCAGGGCAUCUCAUUGCUUAGGAAGGGUUCUGACUCUCUUUCUGAAUACCCAAUAAACCAUUAGAUUUGAAGUAAAGCAGCAAGCAAGAUACUCUGACAAUUUGACUAAAAACCGUGAAGGUUCAUCUGCAGUUGAUAUUAAGAAGCAGUUCAUUUGUAACAAGUUUCUGUAGCAUUUUUACUUGUAUUUUUAAAAGAUUUAACAUGUCAUUGUCUUUUCAUGUGUUUCCUUAAUGUUUCAAGGGACUCAACUGUUGCAUAUUAAAUUUCUAACAUUUUACCAUCUUAGAAUUCAAUCUGUUUUGGGGGAAAAUGCAGUUUUUAGUAUAAAUAUUACUGUGUACAG